AUGCUGGUUUUCCUCACUGGGAUCGUCUUCGCGGCGGCGCAGGACCCGACACCAACUUAUAAAAGCGAUCUUAGCCACCUCCAAGAGCAGAUCAAAUCGUUGGAACAUGUGAUACCAACUGGCAGAGCAGGAAGCAUGACAGCACCAGCAAGAAUUGAAUGGCCACCAAUAUUGGCAAAGCUCGAUGACCCGCCAGAAUCGCUCAUUCAAAUAUUUGCUACCGCUAUCCCACAAACUGCCUGUCGAUGUCUACUAGAUCGAGAAGGCCGCAGCUCUAUUUCCAGUGAAAUGAAAGCCAGUAACACCCCGGACUGGUUUAAUAACCUACCCUCAUCCGUUUAA